AUGGUUAAAGAGAGCUGUUUAAAGUUAAUAAGGGCAGAGUGGGAUCGGGGAUGGGCCCAGGCAGGGUCAGGGCCAAGGCUCAGGGGCCAGGCUCAAGGCUGGGUCAGGCCAGGGUCAGGCGGGGCCUGCUGGGGGUCAGCAACCUUGACAAUGGGCACGGGGGCCUGGCUCCCCGAAGGAUGAGGCUGGCCUGUGGCCUUCCUCUGGCUGCUGCUGCUGCCGCCAGCGGCCACCCCGGAGCUGCGGGGGUCCUCCGCCAGUGCCUCGGCGGCACCUGGCCGGGCCCCAGGCGCUGGGGGUCCGGUGGAGGGCGGCCCUCUGACCCCUGACGCACAGCGGCUGGUUCCAGGAGCCACAGGAGGCAGGGGCGUCUCCACUGUGUGUGGGAAACCCAAGGUGAUAGGGAAGGUCUACGGCAGCCAGAACACGGUGGUGGGCCAGUGGCCAUGGUAAGCCAGCCUGCUGUACCAGGGGUCGCAUGUCUGUGGAGCCACCCUCAUCAACUCCCGCUGGCUGGUUUCUGCUGCCCACUGCUUUCUCAAAAAAUCUCAAUUCCUUGAGAACUACUGGGUUUUGUUAGGAAACACCCAGCUGUACCAGCACACAAGGCACACCCAGAAGAUACCCGUGAGCCAGAUUAUCGUGUACCCAGACUUUGAUAAGUUUCACUCUUUUGGGAAUCACAUAGCCCUGUUUCAGCUGCUCUUUCCUGUGAACUUCACCUCCUACAUCAUCCCCGCCUGCCUCCCAGCUCCUGGCAUGCAGUUGCCCAGUAACUCGUCCUGCUGGAUAACGGGCUGGGGCAUGCUCAGUGAGGAAUGGCCUCUGCUCGAGCCCUUCCGUCUCCAGGAGGGAAAGUGGGGCCUCGUUGAGAACAAGUUCUGCAAUAUGUUAUAUGAACAAAGAGUUGGCCAAGGCAGGAACUACUCUGUGCACGAGGAGAUGCUGUGUGCUGGGGACUUCUCGACAGAAAAAGCCAUCUGCCGCGGUGAUUCCGGGGGAUCCCUUGUCGGCAACCUCACCGAUGCUUGGGUUCUGGUGGGGCUGGCCAGCUGGGGCUUGGACUGCCGACAUCCCAUCUACCCCAGCGUCUUCACCAAUGUCUCCUACUUCAUUGACUGGAUGGAUGAGAUCCAGAGGCUCACACCGCUCCGUGAUGCCAUGUCUGCGCCUCCUCAGACCCAGUUUCCACACCAGCCUCUGCAAGCUGCUGGCUCGCCGGGGCCUGGCACAGGCUUUGUGCCCCCACAGCCUUGGCCCCUGCUGCUGUUUCUGCUCCAGGCCCCAUGGCAGGCCCUGUGGUGACCUGCCAAGCCCCUCUGCUCCUUCCCUGUGUCUCAGACCCCAGUGUCCUUGCUGGAAUUUUCCACCCCCCCCUCCCCCAGCCCCAUCAGCUUUCAGAGGUUCCUUCUUGGCUUUCCAGUCCAACAGCUGCCACUCCCCAAACCAAGCCUGAAAAGUCAAAUAAAAACAAAUGAAAGACUCA